CCAAAUCCCCGCCCUCGCACCCCGAGCUCCCCCGCUGGCACCCCGGGGUCCCCUCCUGGCACCCCAACGCUGCCGGUGCCCCCCAAUCCCCUCCUUGCACCCUCAGGCUCUUCCUCGUCCCCCAAGGUCCCCUGCUCGCACCCCAAAAUUCCCGUUUGCACCCCAAAAGUCCUCUCCUGAUGGCCGGCAGGUCCCUGUUGGCACUCUGAGGUCCCCUGCUCGCACCCUGCUUGUCCCCCCAGGUCCCUGCCUGUCCCUGCCUGUCCCCCGAGGUCCCCACCUGCCACCCAGCCCGAGCAGGCGGCGCCCAUGGAGUUCUCGGAGCUGAUCAAGACGGCGACGGUGGAGGACGUGCUGCUGUGGCGGCCGGGGCUGCCCGCGGUGCGGGGCACGCUGUGCAUCACCAGCCACCACCUGCUGCUCUCCUCCCGCCCCGGCGGCGAGCUGGAGCUCUGGCUGCUCAUCCGCAACGUGGACGCCGUGGAGAAAAGGUGCGCUGGUCCCCAGGGCCGUCCCUGUCCCUGUCACCCGCGCCUGAGCCGGAGGAUCCCCCCCUGUGUCCCGGGGGGCGCCCCGCGGGCACCGCCCGGCCGGGUCCUUCCUCUUCCUCCCGGGCCGCGCGGGGCAGAGCGGGCAGCGCCUCCUCUCGUCCUCAGAGUGCAGAAUUUAGGCUGGUACCAACCCCCCCGGACCGGCGGCUCCCUGCGGGACACCAGGGUCUCCGGCUCGUCGGGCACCAUCACGCUGCGCUGCAAGGACCUGAAGGUGCUGCAGCUGGAGAUCCCGGGCAUGGAGGAGUGUCUGAACAUCGCCAGCUCCAUCGAGGCGCUCUCCUCGGUGGACUCGGUGAUGAUGAUGUACCCGUUCUUCCACCGCCCGCCGAGCCUGCGGCUGCAGCAGGGCUGGCACCUGUGUCCCCCCGAGCGCCACUUCCAGCGGGUCGCCGCGCAGACGAGCCAGUGGCGGCUGAGCACCGUGAACAGCGACUUCAGCGCCUGCCCCUCGUACCCGGCCGCCGUGAUCGUGCCCGCGGCCGUGGGCGAUGACACCGUGGCGAGGGCGGCGCGGUUCCGGCAGGGCGGGCGCUUCCCCGUGCUCAGCUACUUCCACCCCAGAAACGGCACCGCCCUGCUCCGCAGCAGCCAGCCCCUGACGGGGCCCAACCGCCGGCGGAGCCGCGAGGACGAGCAGCUCCUGGGGACAAUCCUGGACCAGGGCGAGCGCGGCUUCGUCAUCGACACACGCUCGGCCCAGGCGGCCAAGCAGGCGCGGAUGAGCGGCGGCGGCACCGAGCCCAAAGCCUCCUACCCGCAGUGGCGGCGGCUCCACCGCGCCCUGGAGAGGGGCCGCGCGCUGCAGGACAGCUUCGGCAGGCUGGUGGAGGCGUGCAGCGAGCCCGCGCCCAGCACCGAGCGCUGGCUGGGCCGCCUGGACAGCAGCCGCUGGCUCAGCCACGUCAAGGCCGCCCUGAGCACGGCCUGCCUGGCCGCGCAGUGCCUGGACAGGGAGGGCUGCACGGUGCUGGUGCACGGCGCCGAGGGGACGGACACCACGCUGCUGGUGACAGCGCUGGCCCAGCUCAUCCUGGACCCCGGCUGCCGCACCCUGGAGGGGUUCCAGGAGCUGCUGGAGCGGGAAUGGAUCCAGGCAGGGCACCCCUUCCAGCUGCGCUGCGCCCGCUCCGCCUCCUCCCACGCCCGAGGGAAGCAGGAGGCGCCCGUUUUCCUCCUCUUCCUCGACUGCGUGUGGCAGCUGAGCCGGCAGUUCCCCUUGUCCCUGGAAUUCGGGGAGCAGCUGCUGCUCACCCUCUUUGACAACGCCUACGCCUCGGCCUACGGCACCUUCCUGUGCAACAACGAGAAGGAGAGGAGCCUGUGCAAGGUGAAGGAAAGCACCCACUCGCUGUGGGCCUGGCUGAACCAGCCUGAGGAGAAGCACAAGUACCUGAACCCUCUCUACUCGCACAACCCCCUGGUGAUCUGGCCCUCCGUGGAGCCCCAGAGCAUCCAGCUCUGGCAGGGUUUUUUCCUUCGCUGGAUCCGGCCCUCCCAGCACCUGGAUGAGGCCUGGCUGGAGAUGCGGAGGUUGGUGCAGGGAGACAGCUCCUGGCUCCCGGAGAGCGCAGGGAAAAGGCUGAGCCAGCCCCUCCCUGAGCCCCCUGCUGGGACAGAACGGUGACACGGGGACAGCUGGGACGAGGUGACACUGGAUCUUCCCUGGGAAGGGCUGUGCAGGACGCAGACCUCGAGGGCAGCUCUG